AUGGCGGCAACCAAUCCACAAAGGCAACUCCUGACCCUAAUUCGCGACUUUGCUUCCGAGAAAUCGCAAGGAGAGAGAAAAGUGGUUAGGCUAAAGAAGCGAAUAGAAGAGCUUGGAUGUGAAGUAGAUGCGGCAAAUGAAGAGAUGGAAGUGGUGAGGCGUUUCAAAGAAACUACUGAGCAAGAGCUUAAAGGCUACGAACUUCAAUUGGCUUUUAACAACGCUUUUAUUAAAACCCUUGAGGUAGCAACAACAUAUGUAGCUUCUGGGAAAUUCCAAGAGGAAGGACUUGAAUCUCAGAAAAAGAGAAGCAUUGGAACUACCGCAGUUCGAGGGAGAAAGAAGGGAAGAGACAUUUAUCCUUCUAUGAAAAUGUCAAGACAGAUUGAUGUGAGUGUGCUGGAUAUAGGGCUUGCUGAACUGCACUGUGUAUUUGAGUGUUAUAGGAAUGUUUGUUUUGAAGCAGACUGCAAAGCUGUAGAGAAGGUAGUCACUGACAUUGAUUUAAGUGCUAUAGAGGAUGUGCUUGCUCAUGUAGCUUCUCAAACAACUAAAGAGGAACAAGAAUACCUAGCAGAGGAGAAUAUUCAAAAGCAGGUCCAGGAGGAGUAUGUUGAUCUUCAAAGUAAGGUUUCUAUAGUGGAGUACUUUCCAGUCUUGCUUCUUUAUGAAAUCCCUGGCCAAAAUGUCUUCCAGAUGCAGCCUAUAGUUGAGAUCCCCGAACCAGAAUAUCCGACUGCUUAA